UAUUAGUAUCAGCGGUUGUUAUACUCGUACUCUCUCCUCUUCUCCUCACGCCUCGAAAAGAACCCAACGCAACAAAAUCCAAUGACUUCACUCUCCAGCACCACCUCUCUCGCCCCUCCUCUUCCACCACCCACAAUCUCCCGUCGCAGAACCACUUCAAUUCGCGCACAAUCCAUCUCCCUACCCGAUCCGCACCCAAACCACAAUCCUCCUCAACCUUCUUCAAUCACCGGAGUAGACAAACUCCGCCACACAACAAUGGCAGUGACGGACGAACGGACGAAGAGAAUAGCGAAGGAAGUGGAGAAGAUGAAAUCCAAGGAAGCAAAGGAGAGAAAGGAGAUGACGAAUAGGAAGGUAGCGUCGCAGAAAGCCGUGUCGGUUAUACUUCGUAGAGAGGCCACGAAGGCGAUUAUUGAUAAGAGAAGGAAGAAAGGUCCGGUUAAUUCUAAGAAGCUUUUGCCUAGAACUGUGCUUGAAGCGUUGAAUGAAAGGAUUGCGGCUUUGCGUUGGGAGUCUGCUCUCAAGGUUUUUGAAUUACUGCGCGAACAGCUUUGGUACAGACCUUACGAAGGUGUAUACAUCAAGUUAAUAGUCAUGCUUGGAAAAUGUAAGCAACCUGAUAAAGCUUUUGAACUCUUUCAAGCUAUGGUUGAUGAAGGUUGUGUUUUGGACUGUGAAUCAUACACUGCAUUGUUAGCUGCCUACGGUAGGAGUGGUCUCUUGGAUAAAGCUUUUUCUCUUCUUGAGGAAAUGAAGAGUACACCUGGUUGUAAGCCUGAUGUCCAGACUUAUUCAAUCCUCAUAAAAUCGUGCUUGCAGAUUUCUGCCUUUGACAAAGUUCAGAGUCUUUUAUCUGAUAUGGCCACUCUUGGUAUCAAGCCAAACACAGUCACCUACAAUACCCUUAUUGAUGCUUAUGGGAAGGCAAAAAGGUUUUCAGAAAUGGAAUCUACAAUUUUGGAAAUGCUUGCUGAACAAGAUUGUCAACCUGAUGUAUGGACCAUGAAUUCAACAAUCAGGGCCUUUGGCAACCUAGGGCAGAUAGAAACAAUGGAGAAGUGUUAUGAAAAGUUUCAAGCAUCUGGAAUCCAACCAAAUGUUCAAACCUUCAACAUUUUCUUGGAUUCCUACGGCAAAGCCCGUGAUUUCACAAAAAUGAGUGCUGUAAUGGAAUAUAUGCAGAAAUAUCAUUAUUCUUGGACAAUUGUGACCUACAAUAUUGUAAUUGAUGCUUUUGGAAAGGCCGGGGAUCUCAAACAGAUGGAGUAUUUGUUUAGACUAAUGCGGUCAGAGAGAAUAAAACCUAGUUGUGUCACACUGUGUUCACUUGUGAGGGCUUAUGCACAUGCAGGUAAGCCUGAAAAAGUUGGCGGUGUCCUGCGUUUUGUUGAUAAUUCAGAUGUAACACUGGACACUGUAUUCUUCAAUUGCUUGGUGGAUGCUUAUAUGAGAUUAGAUUGUUUGGAUGAGAUGAAGGGAGUGCUUGAGAUCAUGGAACAUAAAGGGGCAUUGUUUCUGAUGAGCACAUAGAGCAAUAUGCUCCGACUAAUAUUUUUGUAGACAUAAGGGUUAUCUUUAUUCUGGAUGAUUCAAAAUUGUUUUACUAGUUCUUGGAAAGGAAGGUUCCAACUUCUUGAAGACUUCUCUGAUUCGUAAAUAGAGUAGAUUUUUGGACUCUUAACACAUGAUUUGUCAUAUUCACAUCAUUGAGAAGAUCCCUAGCAAUUUUCUGUUUUAUUUAUGGCAAUUUUUAGUUUUAUUUUUGUUUUGGAUUAAAAGUUCAUUAGGAUGUCUUUAAGUUCAUUAGGGUUUUUUUUUUUUU